GACGUGAGCCACGCGGUGACUGAGUCAGGCAACAGUGGUUCGAGCCGAGCGGCCAACUCAGCUUCCAUGCCAUUAUCCGAAGUAACACGAGAUCUGGCUUUGUGCCCUUUGACGGUUUCUCUCUCUCUCCCUCACGUCGGCCAUCUCUCUCUCCCUCACGUCCGCCUUUGAACUAAUCAUCUCCCUCAACAUAUAAAACGAAACCCACCUCACCAAUUCUUAAUCCUCAUCCUUGCAACAGAGGCUUUAGAGAGAGAAAGCAUUUUUAGAGAGAGGAACACAAAAAAACCAGUCCCUUCCUCCCAUCAUUUCAGGCCCUAGAGAGGGACAUGGGGAAUUGUGUUAGGAAGAGUUCUUCAUGGGAGGGCUGGGAAGAUGAGGAAUGGGGCUGCGACGAAGCCGAAAAGCUUGUUCUGAAGCCGAAAGUAGAGAGAGAAGAAGAGGUUCUUUCUAAAAAGAAGAAUGGUGGGGACUCUAAAGAGGUGAAGAUAAGGAUCAGUAAGAAGCAGCUUGAGGAGCUGUUAGGAAAGAUGGAGCUCCAUGGCAUGUCCGUUGAUCAGAUGAUCGAGCAGCUCAUGAACACAAAUGGUCAUAAACACAGGGGCUGGAGGCCUGUGCUUCAGAGUAUACCUGAGUGUGAGUCUUGGAAUGUGGGGAUGAGAGAGAAAGAUAAUUGUGAGGUCGCUGAUUUCUAGAGAGAGAAAGAUUACUUGAUUGAUUGAUGACUCAAAAUUUUGAGUAAAUCAGGAGAAGACUUGGAAGCCAUUGAGAUUUUGGGUGGGUUGCAGAGAGAGAGUGUCUCUCUGUUUUAAGGAGAGAGAAUACUGUGAAAGAAGAGGAGAGCAGAUGAUUUGUUCAUAUCUCAUGCCUUUUAUGCCUGAUUUUUUCACUCUCAUCAAAAGGGUAGGAAGUAAAUGAUUAUCUCUCUUUGUAAAUUUUAAUAACCAUUUGUCCAUAGUCCAUUUCUGUGAUGUAUUCACGGCUCUCUCUCUCACCGGGGAGAUCCUGUAAUAGAAAGUAAUUGAUUUAUUCAUAUUUACAAUAAUCUUUGAUGUAUACA